AAGAUUAAUUAACAGCAUGCAAACUGACGCGAAAAAACUAACUGGAACUAACAAGGGUCUUCCAGAAUUUGUUGUAUACCGAAAAAGGACAGCUAACUGAUCUGCAUUUCUGGGGUUUUUCGUUAUAUAUAUGGUAAAAAAGGAUGACAUCAAAAGAGGUGAGUGCCCCUGCACUGACACCAGCCAAGCUUGCGGAGGUACACAAACUGCCUGCGCCCCGGGAGAAAUCGUUAGGGCAAACGAAGAAGAUCCCGGCUUGGCAAAGAGUGUGCCGGAUGAUGGCGCACCGCGUGAUUGCUGGGCCGCUACGGAAGACAAUAGACAUAAGGAAAUUCAUUGCGCAGAACGUACCCGCUGAGGGCCCGAUUACUUCAAAGGAGCUUAAAUGCGACAUCUUCUUCGAUUUGAUUGCGAUGGUCCUUUUGCUUUUCGACGUUUUCACAGAUAGGUAAUGGAGCUGUAAAGAUGUAUGAACAUCGUACGCUUCUGUAGUUUUCUCACUCAUCUUGUUUCCUUGUGAAUUCUACAAUUACCAACUGCCUUAGAAACGCUAUUUAUCGUACUUAACAGGUUUAUCGUACUUCAGUUAUAAAGAAACGUAUGAUCAGACGUUUCUUUAUAACUGAAGACUAAAACUGGUACGCCUUAACGUUAAUGGUUGUUCUACUCACUCAUAUCCUCCUUAUACACUGGGGAAUCAUCUGGUACAAGGAGCAGCUGAAGUUAAACGCUCAUUUACUCAGCAAGCACAUCCCCGCUGAGGAAAGAUGCACGCGCUGUAUCACAAGUGAAUUCCAAGACCAGCUGCAAGCACCGACACUGCACAUCUGCAUUCACCUCGUGCAACUUGGCCCGGCGCUGCGGUAUUACUACUUCCUUCGCUACAGAAAAGAGUUUGCCAAAGAUCCUAAACUAUACCGUUAUCAGCGUCGUGUUGUCCACUUAACCACCAGUCGCUUGCGAUUGUGGGAAUCGUUGAUGGAAGCGCGCGGCCCGGUACCGUUCUCGUUCCAGGCUGUGGCCCAGGAAGCCGUCUGCAUCGGCGGUGGUGUCUACCGCUGUUGGUGUGGUCUUCUUCCGGCACAAAACCAAAUUCUUCUUUAAAGCGUUCCAUUUUGAACACAUGAGAUGGUAAAAAUCACGGGAUGCCUGAUGCUGUUGGCAGCGCGGAUCAUGGCGAUGGCGUUGUUCACUAUCCGUUACAAAUCCUAUAUCGCGAUAUUCUGCGCCCUUCACUGCAUCUUCACGGUGAUUAUUAGCAGGUGCGAGAGCAAUCGGCGACAAUCCACCCUGAUCAAACACAAUCUCGCGACGAUCUCCGAUGUGUAUAAUGUGUGGUGGUGGGUGACGACGAUCUCGCAGUGGACAGUGCAGUUGUGGAUUAAUCUGUAGGAAUUCGAAUAUUUUGGCAUGUGGACGGCAUACCGGCGGUUCUUUUUCAUAUACUACGUGGUAUACUGCAUUGAAAAUGCAGUUUUAAUUAUUUUGUGGAGCAUGUCCUAUGUUUCUUACGUAGACACUUUUAAUGACCCACAACCGGUUGGCGGUUGUUCUUGUAGUAACGCUGGGGUCUUUUGUUGGCAUAUUAUUGUGCACGGCAUGCAAAGGAUC